AUGCAGCGAUUUCUUCCUCGAUUGCCGCAGACGGCGAGAGUUCACUGUUUGAGCAGCACUCGACAAUUCGCAACACACAGCCCGUCAGCAGUAAACUACACCACCCAACUCCAAAACCUCACCACCCUCAAAGCCGGCUCCUCACGCCCCCUAACCCUCACCGAGAAACUCCUCUACAGCCACCUCAUCAUCGACACCACCAGUAACACAUGGAACCUGAACACCAUCGAACGCGGCAAGACAAUCCUCGAGCUCCGCCCCGACCGCGUCGCCUGCCACGAUGCAACGGCCACCAUGGCGCUGCUGCAAUUCAUCAGCGCGGGUCUCCCGCGCGUCGCGGUCCCUACCACCGUGCAUAGUGAUCAUUUGAUUAUCUCGGAAAAGGGCGCGGAGGAGGAUAUGCGGCGUGCGGUGGGGGAGCACUCGGAGGUGUAUGAUUUUCUGAGUAGUGCGUCGAGGAAAUAUGGCAUUGGGUUUUGGAGGCCGGGGUCGGGGAUUAUUCAUACGGUUAUUUUUGAGAAUUAUGCGGUGCCAGGGGGGUUGAUUAUUGGGACGGAUUCGCAUACGCCUAACGCCGGUGGAAUGGGCAUGUUGGGGAUUGGCGUUGGUGGUUCUGAUGCCGUCGACGCCAUGUCUGGGAUGCCGUGGGAGCUUGUCGCGCCAAAGGUUGUUGGUGUUCGAUUGACUGGCCAGCUGAACGGAUGGACAUCAACCAAGGAUAUCAUCUGCAAACUGGCUGGGAUACUGUCUGUGUCAGGUGGAAAAGGUCGAGUGAUUGAAUUCUUUGGCCCCGGGACAGAAACACUCGGGGCAACAGCCAUGGCGACGAUCUGCAAUAUGUCUGCAGAGAUCGGGUCGACGUCAUGUAUCUUCCCAUACUCAGAGGCGAUGGCGAGAUAUCUCACUGCGACGAAGCGCGCGCAUGCUGCUGAAGCUGCGGGUGGUGUGAAGGAUGUUCUGCUCACGGCUGAUGAGGGCUCGGAUGCGUACUAUGACCAGGUUAUCGAGAUUAAUCUCAGCACGCUCGAACCGCAUGUCAACGGCCCGUAUACGCCUGAUCUCGCGCAUCCUAUUUCCCAGCUCAAGACGGCUGUGUCGGAGAGUGACUGGCCGGCUGAGAUCAGCCAUGCGAUGGUGGGCAGCUGCACGAACAGCUCGUAUGAAGAUCUCGACAAGGCGCGACAGCUCGUCACCCAGGCUCGGUCUGCUGGAUUGGAUAAAUUCAAAACACCCUUCCUUCUGACGCCGGGCAGUGAGCGGAUUCGCGCUACCGCUGAAGCAGACGGUAUCCUGCAGGACCUGCGAGAUGCCGGUGCCGUCGUGCUCAGCAGCUCGUGUGGUCCUUGUGUCGGAUCGUGGGAUAGAAAAGACGUCGACGUCCGAGGCAAGGAGAAGAAUUCCGUCAUCUCCAGCUUCAACCGCAACUUUGUCGGUCGUCAUGAUAGCAACCCUGCCACGCACUCUUUCGUGACAUCCCCCGAACUCGUCGUCGCCUUUGCCUACUCCGGUCGUCUGGACUUCAAUCCCCUGACCGACACCGUCCCUGUCGACGGCCAGGAAGACUUCAAAUUCAUUCCUCCCACCAGCAACGAGCUCCCAACCGGCUUCGAAGCCGGCGCCGAAACCUUCCAAACACCACCCGACGAUGGCGCCUCUCUCUCCGUCCUCAUCGACCCUCACUCAGACCGUCUGCAACUCCUCACCCCCUUCCCACCCUGGCAACCAAACUCCACAACCGACAUGCACCUCCUCAUCAAAGUCCAAGGAAAAUGCACAACAGACCACAUCUCCCCCGCGGGACCAUGGUACAAAUACCGCGGCCACCUCGAAAACAUCUCCAACAACAUGCUGACAACAGCCACAAACGCCUUCCUACCCCCCAAAAACCCCCAGCUCCUAGGCCACACCACAAACCCCCGCACCGCACAACUGCAAGUCGUCCCCGAAGCCGCGCGCGAUCUCCAGGCAAACGGAAUCCGCUGGUGCAUCGUCGGCGACCAUAACUACGGCGAGGGGAGUUCGCGCGAACACGCAGCCCUCGAACCGCGUUUCCUCGGCGGUGUGGCUGUCAUUGCGCGCUCGUUUGCUCGUAUCCAUGAGACGAAUUUGAAGAAACAGGGCAUGCUGCCGCUGACGUUUGACGAUGUUGCUGAUUAUGACCGGAUCUGUGAGGGUGAUCGGAUUACGCUUCGUGGGGUGGAAGAGGGCGAGUUUCAGCCGGGAAAGCAGGUUACGAUGGUUGUUACUCCUAUUAAGGGAGAGGUUUGGGAAGCGCAGUUGAAUCAUAGUUACCAUGCUGGGCAGAUUAAGUGGUUGAGGGCUGGGAGUGCGUUGAAUCAUAUCAAGGCUACUGCUCUUUCAUGA